AUGGAGCUGUGCGCCCCGUUCCGCGAGGGCUCCGCGAGGGACAAAAAGGCUCUGCAGGGACCCUCGGGGUGCCUGGGCGUCCUCCAGGGCAGAACGCACCAAGGCACUCCGAGCAGCCCGAGCCCCUUGGCUGGGGGUACUCAGCAACGGAGCGAUCGCGGGGACCCCGGCGCCCACACACCUUCCCGCAGAGCGCACAUCGCUCCUCGCCCCCGGCGCAGCCGUGCGCACUCUGCCGGCAGAGUUUGCGGGACCGCUGAAACGCGGGCCCCGGGACAGGGGGACGGAAGAAGAGGCACUCACCUCCUGCCGCCCAGACCGUCUCAGGAUCCCAAAGUCCAAGUGUCUCCCCCAGCAACAGAUCUGUGCGUCCGUAUUUACGUAUUUAUUCUCUUUCCUUCCAGUGUUGAAGUUUCGCCUUCACGCUGUGCCUCUGGUGGAAAGAGGACAUCCCCUUCGGCCACCCCCCCCCCCCCCAACAAAUAG